CCUCCGUCAGUUGAUACGAACCUCUCAAACCAACCACACAUCCUCCUCCUAGUUGAAUCAUAGUACGGAGAGAAACCCAUCCUAAAUCGUGAUAAAGUUAGAACUGCCUGGCUGCAAUGUAGUUUUCAGAAAUGCACAAUUUUCAUAAAAUCCGCAACAUUGUGAAGAGAUAAAUCCGUGAAUUUUCUGACUCUUCUUCGUUCCUCUUCAAUAUUGGAAUAGGAUGGUAGUGUACUGUUCAGUAGGAGAAUAGAACAGUGGAAACAGAUUGAACAGUUAUGUUCAAGUUUUUCAGAAAAUUGAGAAAACCUGAAAAAGUCUCAAAGCACAUAAAACUGUGUGAGGACUGGAACGGUUCCCAGGAACCUGUAUCAGAAGGUGUCACGUUUUAUGUGAAAUAUCUUGGCUCUGUGUUAGUGGAUAGAAGCAGUGGGGAAGAUGUUACAAAUCAAGCAAUUAAAACUAUAAUAACAAUGGCGAAGAAACAGGAUAGAAAACUGACCCGAGUGUCUUUGACUAUUGCUCUGAAAGGAAUAAAAAUGGUUGAAGUUUCAUCAAGUGAAAUUGUUUUGGAGGUUUCAAUUUAUAGGAUAUCCUACUGUUCUGCAGAUGCUACAUAUGAUCAUGUGUUUGCAUUUAUCUCUACCAACAGUAAUGAUACUCUUGAAUGCCAUGCCUUUCUCUGUCCAAAGCGAAAAAUGGCACAAGCUGCCACUCUGACUAUAGCCCAGGCAUUUAACUUGGCGUAUGAAUGCUGGCAAGCUGCUCAGGAACGGAAAAGGAGAAGAAAGGGAAAAUCUGAAAGCAGGAACAGAAGAGAAGACAGUAAAGGAAGAAGAGAAGACAGUAAAGGAAGAAGAGAAGAAAGUAAAGGAAGAAGCGAAGAGAGUAAGGGGAGAAGAGAAGGAAGUAGGGAGGGAAGAAGUGGAAAGAAUAAGAAAACUGAUGAAUCUGGUGAUAAACAGGUUACUGUGGCUAUAGUUGAGAGUUACAUGAGGAAGACAAGUUUAGAUGAGAAAAUAAAUGAGAAAACAACUUCCCCCAGUUCCGGAUAUAAUUCCUGUACUUCCGGUCAGGAGGAUGAAACACUUCUUAUAGAUCUGAGUAGUCCAGGAGAUGAAUUAGGGACUAAAAAUACUUCUAUAGCGGAGACGAUGCAGAUAAUGGACUGCAACCUUCUAGAACAUUAUAGGGAACCAGAUAGCGAGAGAGCCAAGGAUACUGCAGAUAGCGAGGGAGCCAAGGAUACUGCAGACUGGGUCAGAUUUGAGGACGAAGAAAUCAUGAACAGAACAUUCUCCAUGUUGGCAGAUGAAAGGUCUCCUGCCAUGCUAAGAAAGCUACCUGCCUCCGUACUUGGACUUGAGUUUGGAGCUCUGGCUGGUAGCCCAGGUUCUUACGAUUCACCUUACGGUAGUCCACUUCAUGGUUCUAAUCUUACUCAUAGUCAACUCAUCACACCAGUAGGAUCUCCGAUGCACACUGCAUUAGGUUCAUCUUUGAAUUAUGGUGGAUCUCCUCCAACAUCUAGAUUCUCCGCUCCGCCACUUGCUAUGGGAGGAUGUUUAAAUCAAAGAUCAAGUUGUCACGGUUCCCCUGGCACAGGAAUAAGCAUACCUGGUUCUCCAGCACGAUAUUCCACAUCUCCAGUCAUAAGAAACUACGGUUUAGAUACAUACUCCAACAGCGGGGUAUUCUCUUCUCCGAGAUCUCCAGCAAUACCGUCCCCUCUGGUUAGCUCCCCUCAACCCUCUACUCAGUCCUACUUGUCUACCUCUCCUGCUCUUCUCUCUCCAAUGCUAUCAGCAAGAACCCCUCCUCCUCCUCCUGUUUCCCAACCCCUUUCUCAAUCCUACUUGUCUACCUCUCCUCCACUCCUCUCUCCAAUGCUAUCGGCAAGAACCCCUCCUCCUCCUCCUGUUUCCCAACCCCUUUCUCAAUCCUACUUGUCUACCUCUCCUCCACUCCUCUCUCCAAUUUUAUCCGCAAGAACUCCUCCUCCUCCUCCUCCUGUCCACAUGUCUUUAGGGUCUCCACCAAGAAUAUCCUCUCCCACAGUUAUAACAUCCCGUCCGACCCAUUCAAAAGGAUCUCAACCAGAACAAACCAAAUGAGACACUCUCUUUGAAAUGAGUACGUUAUUAAUUUUGAAAAGGGGGGAUUUGUUUUGUAUUUCUUACAUUGCUCUUGACACACCAAGUAAGUUUGUGUGGAUUAGGACUUGUUAUGUUCUAUAAGUUAGAUCCUUUUUGUACUUUUGAAAUAAUUAACAAAAAUUUCAAAAUUGUUUA